UAAAAGGCUGUUUUCUGUGACUUUCCCCUUUAAAGCUUCAUGCAACAGCAAAUGGAUGUAUUCUGGGCUUCUAGGAUGGACGUAUGAAGGAUAUUUUUCUUUGGCUCACAUGUUUGGAUGCAUAGAUCUUCAGAGAACUCUGGACUGGAUUUAAUUAUGUGGAAAUAUUGAUUUUUAUUUAUUUUUUUGUUUUACUUAUUUAAUUUAAAAGUAUUUUAUUAUUAUUAUUAUUAUUAUUAUUUAUGUUGUAUUGGCUUUAUAUAAGACAUUAUUUUACUAUAUAUUUUUUUAUUUUAUUGAAUCAUUUAUUUUUUGCAGUGGAUUACCCAUUAGCAAGGAAGAGAUUUAAUUCACUGUCAUUUAGAUCGCUUAUCUCACAAGUUUAUCAUUUUAUUUUAUAGUCUCUGAGAUUAUAAAGUGAAACGAUAAAUCGAGACGAUUCUGUGACAAUGUGAAAAACAGUAAAAGCUCUAUUCCCUUGUGUGGGCUUACUGAGUCAGACUUUUAGCUCCUCCCUCUUUUGCCCUCCUCCUCUCUCGUUCCUAAGAGGUGUGAGUUUCUGAGAGACUAAGAGCGCGAGUCAGACCAGACACUCUCUCUGCAGAGUUUCAACGGGACACAGCAGCCGUAGAAGCCUUCAGUAACCCAAACUCUCUCUCAACUUUACCAGGCUAGCAGCAGCAAUUCCAGUCAGCUAUGGAGACUCCAGGUCAGAAACGAAGCACCCGCGGAGGGGCGACCACCGUCCUCUCUCCCACCCGCAUCACUCGGUUGCAGGAGAAAGAGGAUUUGUGCAACCUGAAUGACCGUCUGGCGGUCUACAUUGAUAAGGUGCGUUCUCUAGAGUCGGAGAACGCAGGUCUGCGUUUGCGCAUCAGCGAGUCGGAGACGGAGAUCAGCCGGGAGCUGGGCGGCAUGAAAUCGGCGUACGAGGCCGAGCUGGCGGACGCCAGGAAGACGCUGGACUCGGUGGCCAAAGAACGAGCCCGACUGCAACUAGAGCUCAGCAAGGUGCGCGAGGACUACAAGGAUCUGAAGGCCAGGAAUGGUAAGAAAGAGGCGGAUCUGGAAUCGGCUCUGGCCAGACUGAAGGACCUGGAAGCUCUGCUGAACUCCAAGGAUGCGUCUCUUUCCACAGCACUGGGGGAGAAGAGAUCACUGGAGGUCGAAGUCAGAGACCUGAAAGCCCAGCUGGCCAAGCUGGAGAGCGGUCUGAGCGAUGCUAAGAAGCAGCUACAGGAUGAAAUGCUACGACGUGUGGAUGCUGAAAACCGAAUCCAGACCCUGAAAGAGGAGCUGGAAUUCCAGAAGAACAUCUACACUGAGGAGCUCCGUGAGUCUAAGCGCAGACAUGAGUCACGUAUGGUGGAAAUCGACAGCGGCCGCCAACAAGAGUAUGAGAGCAAACUUGCCGAGGCUUUGAUUGAGCUCCGCAACCAACACGAAGAGCAGCUUCGCAUCUACAAAGAUGAAAUUGAGAAGACCUACAACUCCAAGCUGGAGAAUGCCCGUCAGUCGGCUGACAGGAGCAGCCAUUUGGUGGGAGCCGCCCAUGAGGAACUGCAGCAGACACGUUUGAGGAUGGAGGGUGUGUCCUCUCAGCUCACACAGAUGCAGAAACAGUUGAGUGCUCGUGACGCAAAGAUCCGUGAGCUAGAGGAGGCUAUGUCCAGAGAGAGGGACAUGAUGCGACGUCGUAUGGAGGACAAGGAGAAAGAGAUGGCCGAAAUGAGGCAUCGCAUGCAGCAACAGUUGGACGAGUACCAGGAGCUGCUGGACAUUAAGCUCGCGCUCGACAUGGAGAUCAGCGCCUACCGGAAACUUCUGGAGGGUGAGGAGGAGAGGCUUCGUCUCUCCCCGAGUCCCCCUCCUGUCCGUGGAGUGACUGUGACCCGCUCUUCGGGUUCUGGCGCUCAUGCGCGUGUGGUGCAGAGCAGCACCAGUCGUACCUCCUCAGGCAGUGCUAAAAAACGGCGCUUGAAUGAUAACGACAGCGACGCCUCCAGCGUGGUCGGCGGAACUGUUACUCGCACACGCGUCGCCCAGCAGGCCUCAGCCAGCGGCCGCGUGACCGUGGACGAAGUGGACAUGGAGGGCAAAUAUGUACGGCUCAGUAACAAGUCUGACCAGGAUCAAAGUAUGGGUCAUUGGCAGGUGAAGAGGCAGAUCGGUUCCGGCACCCCCAUCGUCUACAAGUUCCCACCAAAAUUUAACCUGAAGGCAGGACAGACUGUCACGAUCUGGGCCGCAGGAGCUGGAGGAACCCACAACCCUCCUUCUGACCUGGUGUGGAAGACCCAGAACUCAUGGGGCAGUGGAGAUCUGUUCCAGACCACCCUCAUCAGCUCCAGUGGGGAGGAAAUGGCAAUGAGGAAGGUCACACGCACUUUGUUCCAGGAUGAGGAUGAUGAUGAGAUGGCCGCCCAUAGCACAUGCGGGGAUAGUGAGUACAACCUCCGCAGCCGUACGGUGGUCUGUGGCUCAUGCGGGCAGCCGUCAGAUAGGAACAGCAGCUGCAUUUCGGCCAGCUCUGGAGUGUCGAGUGCGUCUCGCUCAUUCAGCAGCGGAGGGGGGGCUGCCUGAAGCAUUUGUCUCUCCCUCACACUUUAUUGUGAGCAAUGACAAACGCAGACAGGCUGGACCCAAACUAGACAACUGCUCCAUUAUGUAGACAAGCUGUAGACAGCACUGACCAUCUGUCCUUUCACACAAACCAGGAUUCUUUUUGGAUUACGUGUCGUCUUAUUACAUGAUAUAUUUUGUACUUCAGUUUUUGUUUUGUACUUCAUAAUCUGCAGGGUAGAUUUUUGGCUUUUGUAUGGCAUAAGGCUUCAUACGCUAGCAGCUCGUAGGCUAUAGUUUGCAAUUAUUAUGUACAGUGUUACUCUAUAAUAUAUAUUUGCAUGGUGGCCUGGCAGCAGCUUCAAAGUUAUCGUACUGUACUCAGGGAGAGAGGCGAACCGAGCACUUCACACUCACACCAUGAGCUCUCAACGGGAAUGCUGUCGGAACGCAACACGCACAGUCAUUAUUUUUUCUCCAUCAAUAAACUCUCAUUAUAUCCAGUCUUAGCUCACAUACGAGGACAGAUAACCUCACAGUGAGCAUCAAGACCGGAAAUGAGAGGUCAUUUGUCCCAAACUUUGUCAGUAAGUAAUUUGUCAGUAGGUUUUAUGGUAUAUUCAUUCUACCUCUCGCAGUUACUUGAUCAAAAUUAUGUUCACCUACAAAAGGGAAAAAGAAAGUGAGUAAUUCUAUGCAGUUUUAUUACAACUCCAGAAAUAGAAAUACAGAUGUUCUGGAUGUUAAACUGCUUUGUGCCUUGAUACAGUUGCACAGUUGAACAGGUACUUUGUGUCUUUUGGAAGUGCGUUUACAAGCUCUGACUAGACUGCAGUAUGUUGUGUCUUGCGUAAUAAGUGUUAGGGGAUGUUUCUGAACGACUUGAAGCAACUAUAAAAACUAAUCCAAAGAAAAUCUCCAUUUGCCGAGACGUCAACAUGUUAAACAAAAGCGUAUCGAUUGUUUUAGAAGGAAAAUUUUUGAAGUUUACUUGCAGAGAAAGACAUAUCUGAUGUAUUGUGUUACCAGAAAAUCAUGUUGUGUUUAAAGUACUGAGUACUGAACUGUUGCAGGUUUAAAGAGAUGUAUUUUUGUUUUUGAGCUUAGAGGCAGAAUAUUUAAAUAUGCAAAACGACCACAUCAUUCCCAGCUUUAAUGUUUUGUUAUCAUUAUUUCUUACGACGACACUUGAAAUGUUUGAGUUUUAUUGAAACCUCAAAUUUACAUGUACACUAAAACAUUUGUAUUUCUCUAUGGGACUGAGUGUUGAUUUGCUCUUGUCACUCCUCUCUUGCAGUAGAUGAUCCAGUUCCUCAUCUGGGCAGCUGUAAGGCUCUGGUAAUCUGUCCAGUCCGUUUAGGGUGAUCUUACAUUCAAAUUCUAGACUUGAAACAAAAAUUGGUUUCAGAACAGCUUUCAUCAUAGGAAAUUAAGAACAUAACCCAGCCUCCUCACAGCUGUCCGGAAAGAGGACUGGAUCUUGCUGACAUUAAACAUUUAUUUUAUUGCUUUGCAAAGCUUUGGGGAGAAUUUGGGGAUAGUAUAUCUAUUUUUUUCUAUAUAUAUAUACUUAAGAACUGUGGUUUUGUAUUUCCACUUAAAUAGCCAUUGACAUUAUUGUAAUAAGCCGUAUAUUUUUGUUUUUGAAACUGAUAAUGAUUUCAGUUGUUUGUAAUUUGGCUUCUUUAGCAGUGUUGCCUUAUGCAAAGAAAGACUUACUGAGUACCAAUUCUUGAGUGCUAAAAGAAUAUUUUUUCCCUUGAUUUUGAAAUGUUGUUUUUAGGUUAGAUGGCUAAUUUCAUGAAGGCUUUGUAUUAAAAAAAAGUUUAAACUGACUGCAAGACAAUGCAGUGAAUGUUUUGUUGUUGUUUUUUUCCUUUAUCAUUUACUGUUUUGUGAGGAAUUUCAUAAAAAAAAUUCAUAAAAUGUUGUGAAACCAUGUUAUAACUGUGCCUUGAGAUUUUUUCAGUUGAAAAAAAAAUA